CAAACUGCAGUAUUUUGUUGCCAGUCACUUUGUCCAUAAAGUUGUUUGAAAUCAAGAUGGCGGUGUGGAUGCCGCUGUCUUCCAAGAUGUCACCUCCAACCUCCCUGGGCUGCACUUUGCUACGGAGAGGGCAACAUUCCGCCAGCAAACUGCUCAAAACCUUAAUAUCGUGUCGCAGACGAGGCUACGCGGCGGAGGCCCGGCGUGAGGCGCGGGCCGAGACGAGCGGCGGCUUGGGCGGCCCCCUAGAUCACUACAGCAGGCUGAUCCGGGAUGGGACCUUGCGGGAGGACGAGCACCAGAGAGCUGUGAUGCUCAGACUGGACCAGCUGCACAAGACGCUACGCGGGUACAGCAACACGCCCACGUCCAUAUUCCAAAAGUUUUUCACCAAGCCGAAGCCUCCCAAGGGUUUCUACAUUUACGGUGACGUGGGCACGGGUAAAACCAUGGUCAUGGACAUGUUCUACUCGCACGUGGAGACGGAAAAGAAAAAGAGGGUCCACUUCCACGGCUUCAUGUUGGACGUACACAAACGGAUCCAUCGCCUUAAGCAGAGUUUGCCAAAGAGAAAAGCGGGCAAGAUGGCCAAAUCUUACGACCCCAUCGCCCCGGUUGCCGAGGAGAUCAGCGAGGAAGCUUGCCUACUGUGCUUCGAUGAGUUUCAGGUGACGGACAUCGCCGACGCCAUGAUUCUCAAGCAGCUGUUUGAGAACCUGUUUCUCCAUGGCGUGGUGGUCGUGGCCACGUCCAAUCGCAUCCCUGAAGACUUGUAUAAAAACGGGCUGCAAAGGGUCAACUUCGUGCCUUUUAUUGCCGUGUUGCAGAAAUAUUGCCAAACUCUUCGUCUGGACUCAGGGAUUGACUACCGCAAGAGGAACAGACCCUCUGCGGGGAAACUUUACUUCCUUUCCAGUGAGGCUGAUGCAGAAGAGAGGCUUGACAAGCUUUUCGACGAGCUGGCCUUCAAGCAGAAUGACAUAACGCGGCCAAGAGUCCUUAACGUGCACAACAGGAAAGUGUGUCUGAACAAAGCGUGCGGGACCAUCUUGGACUGCACAUUUGAGGAGCUGUGUGACAGGCCCCUAGGGGCCAGCGACUACCUGGAGAUCUCCCGUCUGUUUGACACCGUCUUCAUCCGGCACGUCCCGCUGAUGACGCUCAACAAGAAAACACAAGCCCGGCGACUCAUCACGCUGGUGGACACGCUCUACGACCACAAGGUGCGUGUGGUGAUCCUGGCCGAUCACCCGCUGGAGGAAGUCUUCGUCCUCGAGGGCGACCACGGCCACGACGAGAGCCACAUCCUCAUGGAUGACCUGGGACUCAAAAGAGAAGAGGCCAGCAGUCUGUCCAUCUUUAGUGGUGAAGAGGAGAUGUUUGCCUUCCAGAGGACAGUCUCCAGACUCACCGAGAUGCAGAGUGAAGAAUACUGGCUGGAGGGAGACCGCAGCACUAAGACCAAACCCUAAUGUAGCUCCACAUUUUGACCGUUUUUUUUUUUUUUUUUUUUUUUUUUUUUUUUAAUUAAUUAUUUUUUUUAAAUCCCAAAUCCAUCCAUCCAUCCAUCCAUUUUCUGAGCCGCUUCUCCUCACUAGGGUCGCAGGCGUGCUGGAGCCUAUCCCAGCUGUCAUCGGGCAGGAGGCGGGGUACACCCUGAACUGGUUGCCAGCCAAUCGCAGGGCACAUAGAAACUAACAACCAUUCGCACUCACAGUCAUGCCUACGGGCAAUUUAAAGUCUCCAAUUAAUGCAUGUUUUUGGGAUGUGGGAGGAAACCGGAGUGCCCGGAGAAAACCCACGCAGGCACGGGGAGAACAUGCAAACUCCACACAGGCGGGGACGGGGAUUGAACCCCGCACCUCAUGAGAAAUCAUUUUGUUUGUGGGUUAGAACUGUUUAAAAAAAAAAAAAAAAAAACAUUUGUGGGAUACAUGUUUGUUUUAACAACGGGGUUUUAGGGCUACACUGAAAAGAAAAAAAGAUGUACAGAGAAAGUUGCACACUGUAUUUAAUAGAAAAUAUAUUUUUUAAUUUUAAUUUUACAAAGGGAUUGCUACUUUAAUCUUUAAAAUAUUCGACUCAAUACCUGUAAAAUUACAUUAAUUUUGACUCAAAAAUAUAUUUUUCCCCUUCAACUUUUAUAAAAUAUACAAUAUCUUAAGUCUACGACUGUUCUAGUAUUAAUACAACUGAAAUCUUUAAAAUACGCAACUUUAUUCUUGUACUCUUAUGAUUUUGAUAUUGAAAAUAUGACUUAAUCUUGAAGAUAUACAAAAAAAAAUACAACUAUACAAAUUCUCAAAAAUACACAUUUUCAUAAAUGACUAAUGUAGAAAAUAUGACUGCAAUUUUAUGAUUUCAAUCCCUAAAAUAUACAAUUUAAUUCUCACAAGAUUGUGACUGAUCUAAAAAAAAAAAAAAAAGCAUUUUUUUCUUCUUUUCAGUGUAGCUCUAAUAGUCGAGUUUUUAAACAGAAGAACACUAGUACUACUCAAACUCUACUCACUCCAACUGAUCUUAGCGGGAACACACUUAAAGGAGAUGUACAGGAAUUAUUUAUUGCAGUCUUUUUGCACUUUAAGACAUGAUUUUAAGAUAAAGCUUUUAUCACAGCGGUCCAACUGUGUAAGAAGUUGUGGGGAAAGAUUUCAAGUUGUAAAUGUGACAUCCAUCAAUACAUGCGAAAUUGUCAUAAAUCAAGAGCAGUUUUGUAAAGUGCAACUCAAAAUGUCCUAACAUUAAAUGUACACAAACUUGC